GGGAAUCGGACUGCACCUGCACAGACAAAACCCUAUCCCUAAAAACCCUAAUCCUGAAGCACUGUAACUGUAAUGGCAAGAGCCAUUUCCUCAUCCUGUGCACGGUUCACCAUGCGUCUUCUCUCCACCAGCACCUUCACCGCUACAUUACCCAAACACUCAUCACUUUCACUCCCUUCGCGUCGUUUCCUUUUCCCUCUCUCCCAUGCCAUCGUCCCUCCCUCCACUCGCGUUGCCGGGAUCCGCUGCCGUGUCAACAAAGCUGGCGACUCCGCCUACUCGCCUCUCAACUCCGGAUCUUCGUCCUUCAGCGACCGCCCUCCCACCGAGAUGGCGCCCCUUUUCCCCGGCUGCGACUACAACCACUGGCUCAUUGUGAUGGACAAGCCUGGUGGUGAGGGCGCCACCAAGCAGCAGAUGAUUGAUUGCUACAUCCAAACCCUUGCCAAAGUUUUAGACAGCGAAGAAGAAGCUAAGAAGAAGAUUUACAAUGUUUCCUGCUCGAGGUACUUUGGUUUCGGCUGUGAGAUUGACGAGGAAACCUCUAAUAAGUUAGAAGGGUUGCCUGGAGUUUUGUUUGUGCUGCCGGAUUCUUAUGUCGAUCCGGAAAACAAGGACUAUGGCGGUGAGGAUUUAAUGCUCUUCGUUUGGUGUCUUUUUAACUACUUAUGGAUAUUAUUUUGUGAAAAUAAGACUUUAUUUUUGUUUGUUUAUUUUCUCAACUAUGUUAUAAUGAUGGUCCAUGCUGAAAAAACAAGGUUUAAGUUGUGAAGUAUGGGUGUACAUCUAAUGUCUAACUAAACUGUUCUAUAUGUAUACUUUGUGAAAAUGUAGAUUAGUAGAGAUUCAUGUCUUAUCAUAAUUUGUAUUGGGUUUUUAUUGUGUCUCUUUUUAACUUCGUCUAAGUUUGAGUGUACACUACUGUUCUUUUAUCAGAUGUCCAUCUUGGCAAAGCUAAAAGCUCUCAAUGGGUAAUGGCUAGCUUUGAAUGCUAAUGGACUCAUACUAAUUUCUCUCUAAUCCUGUUCUGUUACUUCACACAGUAAUGGAGUCUCAGAAUCAUUGGAGUUGAUACAUUAGACUAAGUCAUACGUUACUGUGUUCUUUAUGGCGCUGGUUGUUCACUUAUUUAAAGUUAAAAUUUUAUCUGUUUUUUGUUUACUGUAAUCUGAUGAAACUCUGGAGUUCAGUACUUAUGAUGCACACACAGUAAGUAAAAAAUCAGCAGAAAAGAACCUUCAGAGAGAAAAAUACUGUACUUAUUUCUUCCCUCCUUCAUCUGCAGUCCAUCUUGGCAAAGCUAGAAACUCUCAAUGAGUAAUGGCUAGUUUUGAAUGCUAAUGGACUCACAUCAAAUUCUCUUCUAUCCUGUUCUGUUACUUCAAAAACUUGUGGAGUUUCAGAAUCAUUGGAGUUGAUACAUAAAAAUUCUCUUCUUCCAUAUCAGUAGUGCCAGAAUUUUCAUUUGUGUUGUCGCUGAUGUGGAUUUAAUCUUUAUAAAUAAAUACAUUGUUUUUCUCCCUUUAAUGGCAGUCCAUCUUGGCGAAGCUAAGAACUCAAUGGGUAAUGGCUAGCUUUGAAUGCUAAUGGACUCACAUAAAAUUCUCUUCAAUCCUGUUCUGUUGCUUUACAAACUUUGGAGUUUCAGAAUCAUUGGAGUUGAUAUAUAAAACAACUUGAUUGUCUUGUCUUCAAGGCCAAUACCCCUCCAAUCUUUUGUUUGGAGUAUUUACUCUCUUUUUAGUUGUAGUGUCCAUAUGUACUCUAUGAAGAAGGAUUGUUACUCGUUUUAAUUAAAAAUGUCUCUGCUUUCUGAUGAAACUCUUGGUUCAGUAUUUGUGCACAUACUAGUAAGGAACUAAAAUCAAUAGUAGCAACCUUUAUAGAAAAAUAGUGUACUUUUCUUCUAUUAUUGGCAGUCUAUCUUGGCAAAGUAAAGUUUCCACGUGUAAUGGCUAGCUUUGAAUUUCAAGUUACUCGUGAAAUUUUCUUUAUCCUGUCUUUGGUGCUUCACAAAGAUCUAGUUUCAGAAUCAUUGCACUAGAUACACGGAUUACCCACCUUAUGCCUCUUGAGUGUUUUGUUUACAAUAGCAUUGUACUAAUAACCGAGUUAUGUAUAAUUUUUAAUGGUAAUGAACUUUUAUAGAAUUUCUCUGCUUCAUUUCUGUCAUUUAAUUCAUUUUUGGAGUUACCAAAAUGAAUAUUCCUUUUUCAUUCUGGGUUGAGCUAUUUGAAUUAUCUUUCAUUAAUUGGUUAGCGUGUGUAUUUAUUCGUUUCACUUUCGGUAUUUUAGUGUAAAAGUGAAUGGUUGUCAUAUGCUUCUUGGUUUUGAGGAAUUUGAAUUAUCUUUCGUUAAUUGGUUAAGACUUCCAUGUAUUUAUUCGUUUCUGUUUUGGUAUUUUAGUGUAAUAAGUGAAUGGUUGUUAUAUGCUUCUUUGUCCACUUGGUAAGCACAUAACAAUGACAUUAAUCCCUGAUUCAAUGGAGUAGGUCAAUGACAAGUCCUCUUGUUCUUUAUUAUUCAUCCCCACUUCAAUUGUUACAAAUCCUAAUUGAUCUUAUUCUUGGUUAUCAAUGUUUUAUCCAUGUUCGCAUGAUAAACAAGUUAUUUAUUGGUUACAACAUUUUAUUAUUAAUGGUGCAGCUGAAUUAUUUGUAAAUGGAGAGAUCGUCCAGAGGUCACCUGAAAGGCAGAGAAGAGUGGAACCACAGCCACAAAGGCAUCAAGACAGACCAAGAUACAAUGAUAGAACAAGGUAUGUCCGCCGCAGAGAGAACACGCAGUGAAAGACCAAUUUGUGAUAGGGAGAGGAAUGUAAUGUGUAUAUAAACCAUGGAAGUACUGUAACAUGCACUGUUUCAGUCUUGCCUUUGGAGACAUUCUAUAUUAUAUUUCUGGUGUCACUGACGAUGUUAGUGCGGAGCUUGGUGUAUUAGACUUAUUUUGUUACAACUUUUACUAUAAACGGAUCUUGAACUCUUUUCACCAUGUGUUUUGACCGACAUAAAGUUGCCAUAUUUGGUUUC